UCUUGGGCUGAGCUGUCGCAGCGCAGUGACGCAUGCACUCGCUGCCUCCGCUGCCGCUGCCAACCCUGAGGCCUUGUCAACUGCCGAGAGACCUGCAGUGGCCUGGGCAGGGGCUGGUGACAUCGGCUAGUGCCCUGCUAGAUGGUUGGGCAAGGCGGUGCAAGGUACUGGCAUCCCGUGGUCGCCAUCCUGGUCCUUGCUUUCUACACUGAAGCAGUCCUGGGGCAAAAUCUGUGUCCUAAGUCGAUGGAAAACUAUGUGGCAUCAAUGGUUCUGAGCGCACUUGGGGACACGCUGGGCUAUUACAACGCGAAAUGGGAGUUCCUGCAGAGUGGCCCAGCCAUCCACAGAGAGCUGGUGGCCAUGGGGGGACUUGGUAACUUCAGCAUCAAAGGUUGGAGAGUCAGUGAUGACACGGUGAUGCACCUGGCCACAGCCGAAGCCUUGGUAGCUGCUGGAAAGAAUCCAGAUUUAACGCAUCUCUAUUCCCUGAUUGCAAAGAACUACAAGGAGUGCAUGAAUGACAUGGACGGCAGAGCUCCAGGUAAAAUGUGUGAGGACAACGCGCUGAAGCUGGACCCGGAGAAGCCGCAGACCUGGAAGGCUCCCUUCAGCCCCGUGGCGGGCGGCUGCGGGGCCGCCAUGCGCUCCAUGUGCAUUGGGCUGCGUUUCCACCGCGCCGCCGAGCUGGACACGCUGGUGAAGGUCAGCAUUGAGAGCGGCCGGAUGACCCACCACCACCCCACCGGCUACCUGGGCUCCCUGGCCUCAGCCCUCUUCACGGCGCUUGCGGUGAACGGCGUGCCGCCCCUGGCCUGGGGGAAGCGGCUGCUGGAGGUGCUGCCGAGCGCACAGGCCUACGUGCGCGGCGCUGGCUCCUUCGUGGAGGAGAACAUGAAGCACUGGUCUUACUUUGAAGAGAAAUGGAAAGCAUACCUGAAAGAGAGAGGCAUCUUGGAUGGGGUCUCACCACCCACCUUCCCCUCCAAGUAUGGUGUCGAAGAGAGGGAUUCUUUUUACACCUCCCUCAGCUACAGUGGCUGGGGGGGCAGCAGUGGGCACGAUGCCCCCAUGAUUGCCUAUGAUGCGCUGCUGGGUGCAGGGAACUCCUGGACGGAGCUGGCUCACCGUGCUUUCUUCCAUGGUGGAGACAGUGACUCCACUGCUGCUAUUGCGGCUUGCUGGUGGGGGGCCAUGCACGGCUUCCGCAGCAUCGCCGCCUCCCUCUACACCGACCUGGAGUACAGGGAACGCCUGGAGCAGGUGGCCAAGGAGUUGUACCACAUUUCCCAGGCUUAACAUACUUGAGGGUAGGCCAGGGUGAAGCUUGCAUUUUCAGUCAGUGUGUUCGCUUCAGCAGGGAGGCCAUCUGGGGGCUUGGUGGUACAUGCAGCAGUGCAGCCAACCUGCAAACAGCUGAGCUGAGAUCUCCCCCCUCCUCUGCACAGUGGAUGAGUCUCAAGGGGAGGGGAGCACCCACUAGAGCUGCCAGUGAUGCUCUAGCAGCUGGACAGGCAGCAAAACCCACACAAGCUGCCCCAAAACAGGGUCCUGCCACUCUAAGCAUGGCCAGAGAAGGUCAGGGAUUCUCAUGCCUGACUACAGGGCUGGCAGAGAUGCCUUGCGGUAAAUCAGCAAAGGCUAAUGCAAGCUCAUCACCUUGUACUGUACUGUCAAUGAGAAUGGUCACCAGCUCUACAAGCUCUCCUCUAUUGCACGGCAAUUACAGCAGAUAAAGCUGUUUGCUCCCUCCCUCGUAGGGGAGGGAGCAAACAGCCCGUUGCCUCAGGAACAAUAAAGUUUUCUUAUGUGGUUAUUUUAGCAGAUUGCAUUUUUUUGUUCUGUAUGAGUGUAGAAAGAAACAAAAAAUCUGGCUGCUGCAUCUCAAGUGCAUUGUGCAGCUUCGCAGCGCUUGUGCUCUGUGUGUCGGAAUGUAUCACACUCCAUGUUUCAGUUAACCAGGAAGGUAAGCCCUACUGACCACACCUGCAUGGAAGAUAAGGGCGGGUAAAGAGAUCAUUAGGAGGUUGCAUUUUACAUCAACUUCAGUAGCUUCUGUAGUCAGUUAUACUUGUCUGCUUACAGCAAUGAUUAUUUGCGUUAAUGGUUAUUUGCUUACCAUUUACCACGGAUUAUUCUAUUAAAAAGUGUUUCUUCAAACCCA